GGCCAAUCAGAAAGCCUGAUGCCAACUGGCCGUGUGUGUUUCAGGGUGGCGUUGGGUGGUUCAUUUCUUCUGAGGAGGAUACUGUAGAGUGUUGUUAUUCAAGAUGCAGUUCAUGCUUCUGUUCAGUCGACAAGGCAAGCUCCGGCUUCAGAAGUGGUACGUGCCUUUGUCUGAUAAGGAGAAAAAGAAGAUCACCAGAGAGUUGGUGCAGACGGUCCUGGCUCGAAAGCCCAAAAUGUGCAGCUUUCUGGAGUGGAGAGACCUCAAGAUUGUGUAUAAAAGAUAUGCCAGUCUGUACUUCUGCUGUGCCAUAGAGGAUCAGGACAACGAGCUCAUCACACUGGAGAUCAUCCACAGAUAUGUGGAGCUGCUGGACAAAUACUUUGGCAGUGUUUGUGAGCUGGACAUUAUUUUCAACUUUGAGAAGGCUUACUUCAUUCUGGAUGAGUUCCUUCUGGGUGGGGAAGCUCAGGAGACGUCCAAAAAGAACGUGUUGAAGGCCAUUGAGCAGGCUGACCUGCUACAGGAGCCCCGUCAUGAGUACUUUAAUGUGCCUGUGUACUGACUGCCUGCCAUCGCUGCUGCUGCUGCCACCGCUGCUGCUAUCCACCCUGCAUGCUGAGCUCCUCAGUGCCUGGCACCUUUCUCUCUGCCCUCUGAGCACCUGUCAUUGUCAUUGGUUCGGGGGGUGUAACAAUAUUCUCAGCUCCUUAUUCAGUUCGACAGCUAUGAUACGAUAUUGUCACAAUAUUAUUGAAAACUACUGUAAAUGAUGAAAACAUUUAGGCUGGAUUAGGCAUUUGUUCUUGAAAAUUGAACCUAAAUGGAAAUACCAUGCUUUUAUACUGAAGUUAGUCAUCAGUAUGUGUAUUGAUAAUAUAUUUUGUGGUGAUAUAUUGUUACAUGCCUGUCAUUCAUCCACUUAUUAUUGGUUUCAUCGCAUCACUUGAACACCUCUCUCUGUUAUUGCCACUGUAAAAUAGCAAGUUUACAUCAUGUGCCAUCUUGACCCAAAAGUAUGCCGUUUUUUUAAAUGUUUAAUUCGAGGUCCACUUACUAGAGGUUCCCCGGAGCUUUCAACCACUUGAUCUUCAUCAGGGAAGGGACCUGCUGCUUAAAGUGGACCUUGUGUUUAGAAUUGUUAAUAUUUGAAUAUUUUUGAGUUUUAAGAAUUUUCUGACCUGUUUCCGAGGUCAAGAAUGAACCUGAAACUUUAGCAAAACUACCAGCAGCUAUUAUUUAAAACCAGUUGAAACCAGCUGCUGUGGUUUUUGUGGUUGAAAGACAUCAGUACACUAUUUGAUCAGGAUGGCACCUGAUUGAAAACCACUGGUUUAACACUGGUUACAUUUAUCUCACUGAGCUGUCAGAUUUAAUUUACACAGGACAAAUCCUAAUCAAAAUGAUGACUGUUCUCCACAAAAAUCCCAACUUCUUUCUCUGUAUCUGUGCCACUCAAACUAUGCAGAGAAAGUCCGCUCCCUGUGGUGCACAAACAUGCCUGAUUGGGUUCAAGUACACAGAAUACCUUAAAAGCAUGAGUAUUUAAGUGUAAACAACUGAAUCUGAAUUCGGAUGCUACUUAAACACAGAUUCCAGGCUCAUUACCUUCACACUUAAGUUACUAUAACGUCCAAGAGGUGUUCAUCCAAUCAGUUUUAUAUUUCAUAUUUUUAUUGGUCCCCUCAUUGGUUUUUGUGACUGGAUUCACAUUACGUCAGCCAUGGGUGGGAAGUGGAUGCUAUGGAAGUCAUGUGUUCCUUGACAUGUUUUAUCAUGUUGAAGAUUUGUCAGCUACAGUUUUGUAUUUAUCGUCUCACUUCAGAAGUGUUUGAAUCUUAGGUAUCGUCCUUGUGAUUUCUAGGAAUUGUCAUUAUAAUAAUUAAAACCAGAACACAGCACACUAGGAGACCUUACAGCUUUUCAACAUUGUAAAUGUUAUUUUUUUAAUUUUUUAAAUUAUUUAUAGACCUUUCCUAUUUAAAUAAGUAGCAAAAAGCCCACUCUCAAGGUAAGUGGUGUUUAAUGGGAUCAAUACUAAAUAAAUGUUAGCUCUUUGCACUAAUUAACUAAGGGCUCUUCUGGCUUUCUACAUUCUAAUGAUAAUAGACAUUUAAACACACUUUAACUAAUUAUCCUUACAAAUUAGUUUCUCAUAAAUGGAUGUUGACUAAGCAAUUAAAAUGUUUUAUAUGUUCUGUGAUUGUUCAUCUGUGUCCCACUAGAAAAACAAACCGUUAAAUAGAAGAUAUUUUAUCAAUGUAUAUAAUAGAUAUAAUGAAUAAAUGGUUUAUGAUUCUUUGUCAAUUAAGUACACUGGUGUUUUUCUUUAAUAUAACUGAUUUGUCUCUGUGUUUAUGGUGUUCUUUCCCCACAUUUGACACCUUUGAAGUUCAGGCUGACAUUUAGUAAUUUUGUUCUUACUGCAGCUGUUUUUCUUCUGUGUCAGAAACAAACCAGUUAGUCUCAGCGCUGAAUGGUGCUAAGCUCCAUUUGCUUUGCAGAUGAAGAUGUUUAGCCUACAUAAUAAGUGACAAGGGAUUCGUCGUCAUUCCAGCAAAAUUGACCCCAAGACUGAAAAGUUUAUAAUUGGUGAAUCACUCAUAGUUUACAUUUCAAAAUCUGGGCUGAACAUGUUGCACUGAAAAUGAAAUGACACUCACUGUGCAGAAGUGGGUUGUUUUCCUCCCCUUACAUAAAGCACGAUUUCUGUCUCACUGCUCUGAUGCAACUCCUCUCUUUACUUUGUGCUGAACCUUGUUUUAGGAUGCCAAAGUAAGUGCUUCUCUUUCUUUCUGCCACUACCAGCCCGGAUGUCUGUUGUUAUUUAUGAUUUGUGACACAUAAGCAUAUGUACAGCAUGGAUAAAGAAGUAAAUAUAUAUCAUAGUUGUUUGAAGCAUGUAGGCCAAUAGACUCCUUUCAGAGCAGAAGUGGUGACAUUAAUGAUGGCUGCAGUACAUUUAGGU